GCUUGGCAUCUCUGCUCUGUAAGAAAACAGGCCUAAUUACGAGAAAAGUCAACAAUACAAAUUUCUGCAAAGCAGGAGAAAAUUAUAUUUAAUUUGUGUUUUUUUUUCGUUUGUUUGGGCGUGUGUGCGUGUUUUUUUUUUAGUGCCUACAUCGAAGGUUUAUAAUGUUUUCAAAAAAAAAGAAGAAACCUCUAAUUUCUAUGCCGAGCAAUUUUGAGCAUCGUGUUCAUACAGGCUUCGAUAAGCGUGAGCAGCGUUAUGUGGGGCUUCCGCUACAAUGGGCGUCCAUUGUGGGCAAUAAUCAGAUUUUAAAAUCAACCAAUCGGCCACUACCUAUGGUUGAUCCUUCUGAAAUAACACCAACAGAAAUUUUAGACCUUAAGACGAUUGUAAGGCCACAUCAUAAUAAUAAUCGAGCUGACACAACAUCGCUAAACAGCAGUUUGGUUUCGCAAGCUACAAUAAUGGGUAAUGCUGCUGGCCAUCAACAUAUGAACGCCAUGGGAAUUGACAAUGGGGGAGCAAGUUUUGUGGGAUCGGGGGUGUUAGGCGGUGUGAUAAAUUCCGCAGCUAUCACUGGUGGAGGAGCCAUAGUGUUGCCAAAAACUUCACAUGUAGCGCGCUCAAACUCUUUACGCAGUUCAAGUCCACCACGUGUACGCAGAGAUUUGCGUGGUAAUGCAAAUAUACCACCAGCCGUUCCCGAAGAGUCUACGAGCAUUAUGAAUCACACGGUUAAUACUGCAUUUAAGUCACAACCUCAGCAAUCUGUGGCGGCGUCAAAUCAGUCCGCUCUAUAUGUAGGUGGGCAACAGUCCCAAAAUGGUGGCGCCUCGGGUGCUCCAUUAGCGGUACGCAUUGAUUUUCCAACAUCGACGAUGUCUGGUACAUUGCCAUACCAUCGAGUUAGUACAUCCGGGUCUCAUGUUCACGCUCAACAAACCUCCCCUGGAGGAUCGAUAACAAGCAAUACCCGUUCCACACAUUCGCAUAUAUCCACACAUUCCCAUAUACAUCAUAUAAAUAAUAGCAACAACAACAAUAGCAAUUUUCCUGUAUACCCCACACAGCAAAAUCAAAUUCACCCGAUAUCGCCGCCAACCGUAGCUAAUCCACCAGUCUUGCAACAGCAGCAGUAUGCUUCGCCUCCGCAACACUUGCCUCAACAAACAUUAACAAAAUCCUUAGGCGGAGCUAACAUAAUGCCAAAUGAUUCAAAUCAAAAUCACCCACACCAUUCUCUAACGCACUCACAAACCAAAACAGCUUCUAGAGCUUCGAGUUCUAGUGGCGGUACCACAGCAGUAGGGGCAGCUGGACCAACAAGCGGCACUGUUGCUGCUGUAAAUACGUCAGCGAUCCCACCUGCCAAACAAGAACAACGACUUACGCAUGAACAGUUCCGCGCCGCUUUACAAAUGGUCGUUUCGGCAGGUGAUCCACGAGAAAACCUCGAGAAUUUCAUGAAAAUUGGUGAAGGUUCUACAGGCACGGUUUGCAUAGCAACUGACAAGUCUACGGGACGUCAGGUCGCUGUAAAAAAGAUGGAUUUACGUAAACAGCAACGUCGUGAAUUGCUAUUUAAUGAAGUUGUCAUCAUGCGCGACUAUCAUCAUCCAAAUAUCGUCGAAACAUAUUCUAGUUUUUUGGUUAAUGAUGAACUAUGGGUCGUUAUGGAAUAUUUGGAAGGUGGUGCACUAACCGAUAUUGUUACUCAUUCGCGUAUGGAUGAGGAACAAAUCGCCACCGUAUGUAAACAGUGCCUUAAAGCGUUGGCCUAUUUGCAUUCACAGGGCGUUAUACAUCGAGACAUUAAAUCCGAUUCAAUACUCUUGGCAGCGGACGGUCGCGUUAAGCUAUCCGAUUUUGGUUUUUGUGCUCAAGUAUCGCAGGAAUUGCCUAAGCGAAAAUCCCUGGUAGGCACACCCUAUUGGAUGUCACCUGAAGUUAUAUCGCGUUUGCCUUAUGGUCCGGAAGUUGAUAUCUGGUCUUUGGGCAUAAUGGUCAUUGAAAUGGUGGACGGUGAGCCACCGUUCUUUAAUGAGCCACCUUUACAGGCUAUGAGACGUAUACGCGAUAUGCUGCCACCAAAUUUAAAAAAUGCUCAUAAAGUUUCGCCGCGUUUACAGUCAUUUUUGGAUCGGAUGCUGGUACGAGACCCAGCUCAACGAGCAACAGCUGCUGAUCUAUUAGCUCACCCAUUCUUAAGGCAGGCGGGGCCACCGUCUCUGUUGGUACCGCUAAUGCGUAACACCCGGCAGCAUUAAUGAAUGUUUACAUCGACGAAUAUAUUUUGCAGCAGUUUUUGUAAGGUCACAAAAAAAAAAAAAAAAAAGAAGAAAAACGCGAUACUUAAAUUAUAA